UCCACAAGCCUUAGCUAGCUUCAUUUGGCAGUCUCUCUACUAGUGGCCAUGGCUAUUCUUCUUCAUCCUCACCCAUUUUCUUUCAUCAUUCUUCUAUCUCUUUUCUCUCUUCUACUAAACCCCUGUUCCUGCUCCCACCGCAAACACCUCAACGUCUCCAAGCUUCAAUCUGAUACUGACUGGUCCCCUGCCGGUGCAACCUGGUAUGGACCGGCUGCGGGUGCUGGAAGUGAUGGUGGGGCUUGUGGAUAUGGGGAUGCAGUAGAGAAAGCUCCAUUCUCAGCAAAGGUAUCGGCUGGAGGCCCAUCUCUGUUCAAAUCAGGCAAAGGAUGUGGAGCUUGUUAUCAGGUGAAGUGCACAGGAAAUGAAGCAUGUUCAGGGUCUCCGGUGACUGUGACGAUAACUGAUGAGUGCCCUGGUUGUGUCUCGGAGUCUACUCAUUUUGACCUAAGUGGUACUGCCUUUGGAGCCAUGGCUACGCCUGGCCAGGCCGAUCAACUGCGCAAUGCCGGUAUCUUGCAGAUACAAUAUAGAAGGGUUGAGUGCGAGUAUCCGGGUGCAUCAGUGGCCUUUCACGUGGAUUCAGGUUCCAACCCUAAUUACUUCGCUUCCCUAAUUGAAUAUGAAGACGGAGAUGGUGAGCUUGCAGGGGUUGAUCUACAGCAGGCUCUUCACUCAAACUCUUGGGUUCCCAUGCAACAGUCUUGGGGCGCAGUUUGGAAACUUGAUUCCGGAUCUGGGUUGCGGGCUCCUUUCUCAAUCAGGCUAACUGCACUUGAAUCUGGCAAUACCCUUGUCGCCAAAAAUGUCAUUCCGGCCGGAUGGCAGCCCGGAAAAACUUAUCGAUCACUUGUCAAUUUCAAUGCCUGAGCUUAUUGCUUACGUACCUGAUUCGCUAGCUUUUGAGACAGACAUAAUAAGUGGCGGAGGCAGGGGAUAACUUUUAGAACAUAUGUAAAGUUUGCCCGAUUAUAAAUGAUGUGGGUUUUAACA